AUGGAUGAGGGAGAUUGCGGUGCUGCAGAGGAAGCACGAAACGAUGAAUCGAGACCUGCGAAACGACAACGCAAUUUCAUCGCACGACAGGCAUGCGAAACCUGUCGUACGAGGAAGACUCGCUGCGAUGAAGACACGCCUUGUAGUUUCUGCAGAAGCCUAGGAAUCGAAUGUACUUACAUGGAGCGGAGGCCUACCAAGAACGAAACUUCCAUGAGCAUGAUAUUCAACACUUUGAAGCGCAUGGAGUCCAAAAUCGAUCAUUUAUCCGACCCAGUCGUACCAAGAACCCUCCCUGACGUUGAAUCGAUAAGAGGAGACCUUAUGGGUGCCCCCACCGACAGUCCCUCCCAUGUGGAAUCGAUGGCUUCAAACCGAUCAUUCCCGUCCCCCCAAUCUCAAAGCACGCGACAUUUAACCCAGCCGCCUGGCAGCUCAUCGAUCCUAUCUUUCAGCGCCCAUCAAACCAUCCAUUGGUCUGGGGUCCAGGCGUUGCUUCCCACGAGCUUGAGCUCCUCGGUACGCGCCCUAGAAAGAAGCUAUCCCACCCAUCUGGAAUCAGGUCGACCACCGUUGGUGCCUAUCAUCCGUGCACCAACCGCUAUGCCCACGGUAGACUGGCUCGCUUCACUGAGCUUGUCGUGCGUCAAAGACUUAUCUAACGCGUAUUUUGACACAUUCAAUCGAGUCUACCCGUUUGUCGAUCGAGAUUUCUAUUUCUUGAACACGCUAGCCGUCGUGGUGCGUGAAGGGUUUGGAUAUGACAUGGAAUCAUGCCUCGUGCUGAAUAUCAUGGCGUUGGGCUGUAUGGGCCUCAAGGCCUUCGAAGAAGGCGGCUUCGAUACCUCUUAUCACGCUGCCACAACUCCACUCAUUCGACAAAUUAUGGACGAAGAAAUCUCCGGCCUGAGCUUCUUCAACGAAGCACGUAAACGAGUUGGCUUCUGCCUCUGUGAGCGAGACAUUCAGAGCUGCCAAUAUUAUCUGACAUCGGCCAUGUUUUUUGCUCAAGUAAUGCGACCGGUCGAUGAAUGGAUGAUGACCAACCGCGCCGCCGUCAGUUGUGCUGCCUUUUGGAAAUGCUCACCAGAACCACUUGACGACUGGUUAGCAGACAUGUACUCCAGAUUGUUCUGGAGCGCACUGCUGCUGGAGACAGUCAUUGUACAAGAGCUAGAACUGCCUCCCAGUGGGUUGAAGGAGUGGGAAGACGUGGUUCCUCUUCCCAAAUUCACCACAUAUCCAUCCACGAGCAAGUCUCGACCUCGCAACUCGGAUGACUCAUAUUAUCACUACCAUUUCCUCGCACAGAUCGCUCAUCGAAUCAUUCUCAGUCGAAUACGCGACGAACUAUACUACAGCAAUCCGUCGACAACACUCGCAGACGAACUUUACCAUCAACUCGAACAAUGGCGGGCGAACCUCCCCGAAGCAAUACAGUACGCCGAUGACAAGAGAGAUCCAAUAUACGAUUGUCCUGCCGACGCGGUUGUCGACGCUUUACUCAAGACACGCUAUCGAGUAUCGAUAUACCACCUUGGCCGACCAUUCCUGUAUAAGGCGAUUCAAAACCCUUCGUCCGUGAAUGAGACCGACUUGAAAAUGUGUUCCCAAGCACUUGAAUUCGCCACGAACUGGCCCUUAAUAUUGGGUGAUUGCGCAAGAAUGAAGAACUUCAUGCCUUUGAAAUACUUUGCCUCCGGUCAAAUGUUUGGACAAUUGUUCAUCUUCCAUUCCUUCAAAAAUUCCCCCGACGGUCGAUUGAGGGAUGCUCUUCCCACAGGAUAUGAACUCUGGUGUACGAAGAUACUCAGAUUCAUCUCAGAGUUUGUUGAGUCAAGCCCCACCAUGGCAAAAGAUUUCGAAUUACUGUCGACCCUGUAUCAUCUUGCAGAUGUAUGA